AAACCAGAACAAGCAUGUCAUUUGCAAAACCAAAGCCGCACAAAAAACGGCUUGGACGGUCAUCUUCAUCUUUUCCACUCAAAGUUUCCGAACAAUAAUGUCCAACAUCAUGAGACGGUGCGCCAUUGGCAUGCCUCCAACCUGAAAACAAGCAAAAGCAAUCACAAAAGAACGGAUAAGGGGUUUAGAAUAAGGAGGUUAUUCACAGAAGCACUGCUGAUCAAUCAAGGCGCAGCCAUCGUUUAUUGCUACCUUGGGCCAAGAUCUCUCUGACCAGGAAUAUCAGACUACCCUACGAAUCGAAUCCUUCCAUCAGUCAUUGUAUACCUCAAGACAACCUUUCUUCAUUAUGCCACGACUAUUGUCCAUAAAUGGUUCACCCAGACAUGGGUCGCCCAGACACGGUUCACCCAGAAAAGGCAACCUCUUGGGAAAGUUGCAGAGUGCUUAUUCACUGCAUCCCAUGGUGGUGAUGGUAGCCUUGGGUCUGUUUGGCUUAACGGGAGUCUUUCAUUUCUAUCAAUCCGGCGACAACAGCCAUCACCCCGAACAUCGACAAACCUUACUCCAUCUACAACAGUCUCCUCCACAACAGUCUACUCCACAACCGUCUACUCCUAAUACCAAUCCAAAAUUACGAGAUCCCGGCGACAUGAUUCCCAUGGAUUGCCCCGCCUAUUUGAAGCAACACAUUGAUGGCAAACUGGACGAUCCGAAUGAGGGUGUCGUCCAUGCCGCUCAAGUUCCACGCGGCAAUGACCAUCAUCCCAAUUUCUUUGUUUCGUUGCACACCAAAGCAUUUGAUUACACCCGAUGGAUCAUUAUGGACAAGCGAGAUUACUAUGAAAAAGCCCUCACAGCGGCCUUCAUUGAAGUCCUCAAUGAUCCCACCACCACACGACCCCAGCGCGUCAUUGAUGUCGGAGGGAAUAUUGGGUUCUUUACGCACUUGUCGGCGGCCAAUGGUCCCGUCAUUGUCGAUGCCUUUGAACCCAACGGAAAGAAUCGGCUCCGAUUUUGCGAAUCCCUCCAUCUCAAUAGAUGGACGUCAGAAUUUGAGGAAACCAACCCGGCAGCAUUUGCCCAACAAUCGCACGUGAACCUCUAUGAUUAUGGUGUCAGCAAAGAUCCGGGCUAUCUCAAUUUCAGACAGCACAGCAAUCCCGGAAUGGGACGUUUUGUCCGGCGCAAUGCCAAUGAUGAGGGCAAGGGGACCCGUGUCAUUAAUCUGGAUCAAUUGGCACGAACACGGGGAUGGUUUGAAUCGCGUACGGAUAUUGCCAUAUUAAAGGUGGAUGUGGAAGGAUUCGAUCCUUUUGUCAUUGAAGGAGCAAGUGCCCUCUUGCAGGCCAAACUCAUUCGGCACGUUUUCAUGGAAAUAUCUGUGCAACCGGCGGGACAAGAUGCGAAGGAUGCCAUUGAUGCCAACAAGGUGGCAAUCAAGCUCUUGUUUCAAAGUGGAUACGAACUCUACAAGAUGGGAGGAUGGAAUGGACCUGACAGACUGGUUGAUUUUAGUAAGGAGACUUUUAUCCUCAAUAGGAAUGAUGAGGAUGCCAAGACGGAUCGAAUCAUUGAAUGGGCUCAAAGAGAACGUGCCAAACAACUCAACUUGUGGUGGAGAUUACCCACAGCACGAAAGUAGAUCGAAUUGUGGGAGUCAUUUCGAUAUGUGUGCGGUUAUGAACAGGCUACCGGUAGCUAGAUCGACGUACGGUAGGUACAUAUCCUAUAUAGAUAGGCGAGACCCAGGUCUCCCUCCAGAAUGGAUCGCACGAGGAUGAGCUGAGGCUCUUCGUUUCCUUGUAGAUGGGAGUCAUUCUCCAAUGUGCAAGCUGACUUCCGAACGGUGGCGACAUCCGGCUAGCGGCGCUCGAGCUGUCUACAGCUGUAGCAAGACCUCAACACAAAAGUCAUGUUGAUGUUGUCACUGCUGCUGUCAUUGGACACCAUGGAGUGGAUGUCAAUGAGGGAAGCACCGUUAUCCUUGCUCAGAAUCUGAUUAUCAACCGAGAACUGGGAUAUUGAUUGCACUGGUGCUUGUUUGGUGAGGUGGCCCAGAAACAAGAAAGAAGAUGAGAUAGCAGCCUCCCUAUUGUUGCACCUGAUCCCACGGAGCCUAGCUUGUCCCGAAUGCUGCCUCUUCAUUGCCUUAGACAGAUAACUUUCUAUUCUACAACCUCCUCCAUCUUAGU